AUGACAAACUCCGACGACGAGGCCCUCUUUGACGACAUUUAUGACGACGAUAAGGAAGAAGUGAAGGAAGAAAAGGUUGAAGUGGUGAAGGAGACCCCAGUGGAGGCUGCUCCAGCGCCCGUGGCAGAAACAGCACCGGUUACUGUUCCUGUGAGUGCGCCUUCAGAAACCGCGCCAGCGCCAGCAUAUCCCGUGAUGACAGCACCAACACCAAGUUUCAUGGGCCAGAAGCAAUUUCAGGACCCUGUGCGAGCCGAUAUCCAAUCGAAGGACCAAGGAAAGAUGUUCAUUGGAGGACUGAACUGGGAAACCACGGAGGAAAGUAUGAAGAAUUACUUUAGUCAGUUUGGCGACGUUGUCGACUUGACUAUUAUGAAGGAUAAUGCUACAGGACGGUCUAGAGGAUUUGGAUUUUUGACAUUUGCUAGUUCAAGUAGUGUGGAUGAUGUUUUAAAAAAGACACAUGUUUUAGAUGGCAAGUUAAUUGACCCUAAAAGAGCCAUUCCUAAAGAGGAACAGGACAAGACAGGCAAGAUCUUUGUUGGUGGUGUUGCGCCAGAGGUGACCGAGGACGAGUUCACCGAGUAUUUCCAGCAGUUCGGUAACAUUAUCGACUCGCAAUUAAUGCUUGAUAAAGACACAGGACGUUCUAGAGGAUACGGAUUUGUCACGUACGAUUCGCCCGACGCUGUUGAUAGAGUCACGCAGAACAAGUACGUGCCGUUCCACGGUAAAAACAUGGAGAUCAAGCGUGCAGAGCCCCGUAACCAGCAGAAGGGAGGCAGCUCGUAUUCCAACGUCGGGCAGCCUCAGCAGUCGUAUACACAAAUGGCUCAGAUGCAGCAGUAUUGGCAACAGAUGCAGCAGAUGCAACAGUACUGGAUGCAGAUGCAGCAGGCUCAACAACAGGGCGGCGACGUUUCGCAGGCCAUGGCCCAGAUGAUGCAGCAAUACGGAGGAGCCGUUCCUCCUGGCGCAGAACAACCGGUCAAUGGUGGAGAUCAGAAAGAUUUCGGAGACGAUGUGCCUAAUCCGCAAGAACAAACGUCCAACUUACCGUCUGGGCCUCGCGGUGGAGUGAGACACGGCGGCGAUCGUCGUCCGCGUGGACCUAGAGAGUCGCGUGGAGACCGUGGAAACGACAGAAGAGGCGGUGGUGGUGGCGGCGGCCACAGAGGAAGAGGAGGAAGAAGAGGCUACCAUCCAUACAACAGGUAG